UCCUAGCGCCAUAUCGAGAGCAGACCGAGCAACGAAGGGUACGGCUGCACCAAGUAUCCGCUCGAACGCUCGGAACCACAAACCCACCGUGGGAACGACGGAGCAGCAUGCAAGGCGAUGGUGAUAAAGUAGACACAGUCUUCGAAGAUCGUGCACCUAUACAAGCGAAAUCAUUGUCAAGGACGCAGGUUGGUGAAACAAGCGCUAUUUCGCAGAAUUCCGAUUCACCUACUCAACCCGACAGUGAGCGGUUGCUACGGAAUCCCUAUGAAGGAGGGUCUCCGAGGAGUCUGUUUAUCACUUCCUCAUCGGGAAAUCAAGAGCACAUCAACAAUGUUGCGGGGGUAGGCAAUCGGAACGUGCAUGAGCAUAGUAUCGCGUCAAAUGAACAUGGUGCUGCACCAGAACCCCUGCCUAAUUUCUCCGACGCCGUCGAGUCUCCGUCCAGCCCAGCUUCUCAAGCAACGCAGUCAUCGUACGAGAACAGCACCGCUCUUUCAGCAGCUCACGCGGCUGCAAUGACGGCAUUCCACCCAUCAAGCAUAUUGGCGGCCCUACAGCGAGUGCGGCCAUUAUUCAACUUCCUCAUCAACACGCAUGGACAGCCGCAGGCUGCUUUGUCGGAAGCACGUGAGCCAGCAGAAGGAGAGCGUCUUUUCAUUGCAGGGUCAUCACAGCCAUUCUCGCCUGUCAUUAUGUUCAAUGAAAGUAGUGAAAUCACAUUUGCUGCAUUGAGAUCUCGCACCCUAUAUGGUGAACACUGUCAGCGUUCAGCCCUUGACGUACCACUACCAGAGCCUUCAUCAGAUCCCACUACCAACACAGUUCUGAAUGGAACCCUCGGAGCACACAGCUCACGGAAGAGAAACGUAAGCGGCGCCUCUGGAGCACCAGAUGACGGUGCCCUUUCUUCGCAGCAGGCGACAGAGGACAACGCUCUGGACCCCACUGCGAACGCAAGAAAGCGUAUCGCAGGACCGAGUUUGGAACGCUUGGUCGGCGCACAUACACGAAGGGUGACGCUCGGCCAGCAAAACGAAGCAAGCAUACGAGUGCGUGUUCCACCAGACCUCGAAGUCUUGGAACAAGGGUCCUGCCGCCUGAAGCUAAUGCUUGCCAAUGACGAAGCCGGAGUGACGGAAGGAACACAUCAUCUGGCCGAAUGGGAAACGUUCACGAAGGCACUACUGAGCGUUCACGUUUGUAUUCAACGCUUGAUCCUGAGCAUCUCGGCAGUCUCCCGUCCACCCGGAAACUUCUACCGACGCUUCAGUUUGCGAGACGGAAUGGCAGUGAUAGCCGUUGAAGUCUCUGCAUUUCGCGACCCAUGGAAAGACUUUAUGUUACCGUAUUUGCGUAAUCUAUGUCGACUAAGAAUGGUUGAACAGGCUGAUAUAGGCUUUCAAGACAUUGGUCCGGUAAAUUGUGCCGUCCGAGGACAGGAGGUGUUCCGUGAAUUACUCCAGAUGGAUGCUCCUCUCGAAUUCGACGUUAUGAACAGAAACCUUGCAAGAAUAUUGGACACUACCAGAGAGCUGCCCUUUCUGCGCCAGUUCGUAAUAUGCCUCAAAAACACUGGCACCGGACCAUGCUGGCCUCGACAAAUAUCGCUGGAUCUGACGCUUCACUUUUCCACUGACGUUCGGAGACUGAGGUACGAGGUCGACGCAACCUACGCCCACUUCCUGCGUUGCCAGUGUGCCAACCAUCGUGGCGUAAGCACAACGUCCGGUGUUGAGACAAGCAUAAUACCGACACUCAGCGCCCGUCGCGAGCUGACAGGUUGCACAGGGGACUUGGUGCCGUACAUAGUUGGUGUUACGCACCCUGCAAAGCAUGGGACUUAUGUUAUUCAUGUGCUUUCCGUUGUUUUUAUGCGUGACGAAGAUUAGCUUCAGUAUAUUUGAGAAUCAGAAGAGGGUUUAGACGAACUGCAAAAGAUUUUGGAAAGAUAUCGGCAAUUUCUGAGAAAAGUAAACGACGCCAUUCCCGCCGUUGCAUGGCACUGCCCGCUGAUCUAAAAAUGUGCCUGAGAUGAGAUAGGCCAGCAACAUUGUUUCUUGCAAGUGCACAAUUUUUAUACAUUGACAAACUUACGUUUCCCUUGCGUUAGAGGCAUGCGAAAAUGUAGAGAAGCUAUCGAGAUUUUGAAAAUAAUUUUUGUUUGCUGCAGUGCUAACAAUGAGAUCGAAAUAAGGCAGGCCGCUUACGUGAAGCAAAAGUGAGCCUAUUACAACAGAGAACAAUAACUGGAUGCUAGAUGAAAGCACUUUUAAAUGUAUGCCGUCGGGUUAUGUUUAAAUGUUUCCACAGGUGCGUUGAUGCAGUGACGGCUUCUUUAAAGCAAAACUGCCUGAUGGAUGUCAGGAUUUUUUUAAAUGCUUGAAGAGCUGAUCUGUAAAAUAUCAAAUCUAAACACAGAAGCGUCUUUGGAGUAGUUAUUCAGGUCCAUUCAUGAGAAGAGUACCGAACGCCUCAUUUUAGACAAUAAAAACGUACGCGUAUUUUCAUAUCCAAAUGGCUGCCGUUUCCACCUCAUUGACGCAGCAAUUAGAUCGUAUAGUAAAGAGGCUACGCUGUAGCAAAGGCUCGCUGGUGUUGCCGUAUGACUGAGAAAAUGGGCGUCUUACACGCAGGAAAAUGGACGCUAUGAGAAACCUUACUCGUGAUGGUACUAGGCUCAAAUCACCCCAAUGUGCUAAAUUGACGUUGCAGUGAUGGUCCCCGUGACUGAUGCUUAGCCAAAGCAGCUACGCGGAUAUUUGAAGGAAGUCAUUGAGCGCUCCAGCAAGUUCGCAUGUGUGUGUGUGUGUGUGUAUAUA